AUGCGCGUUCUCAUCAGCGGAGCUGGCGUCGCCGGUCCAACCUUGGCUUGGUUCCUCGCGAGAACCGGCGCCCGCGUCACCAUCCUCGAGAAAAGCUCUUCUCUCCUCAGACAGGGGCACAACAUCGACGUCAACUAUGGAGCCAUCAAAGUCAUCAGGAAGAUGGGACUCAUAGACGAAUUGAAAAGGUGGAACACGACGGAGAAGGGCACCAAGCUCAUCGAUUCCCAGGGAAAGCCCUUCGCCCCCUUCCCUGUCAAGAGCGGCUCAGCCAGCCCUACAUCCGAAUUCGAGAUUCUCCGAGGGGACUUAGCAUGGUUUCUUUACGAGGCUACGAAGAAUCACCCGAACGUGGAGUAUCUCUUCGGCGUCACCAGCAAAGAAGUCCUCUCCAACGACGAGAAGUCCGUCAAGGUGGAGCUGAGCAACGGCGAGGUGAACGAGUACGACGUUCUCGUCGCAGCGGACGGACAGUGGUCCCGGAUCAGGAAGCAGUGCUUCCCGCAGGACUCCGUGACGGUGGUCGAUAAGGACAUGUACGUCGUGUACUCGACCAUUCCGCGUCUGCCGCAAGACGACGACUGGUGGAACGUCUUUGUUGGUCUCGGGUCCCGAAUCGUCACGUUGCGCCCCGAUCCUCACGGAACCAUCAGAGCCAUGUUUACCCGCAUGCCUCUGAACGACGCACAGCGACGCUUGUGGCAAGAGGCGACCAGAAGCGACAGGAAGACGCAGCAGGAACUCGUCAGGAGGGAGUUCGCGGACGCAGGGUGGCAGGCGCUGAGGAUGUUGGAUGCGAUGGAGCAGUCUGAGGAUUACUAUUUCCAGGCUAUCCAGCAGAUCAAGAUGAAGAAGUGGUCCACUGGAAGAGUGGUAUGUCUGGGCGACGCGGCGUGGACGCCCUCGCCUUUGACGGGCAUGGGGUGCUCAUUGGCCAUCUCAGGGGCGUAUGUUCUCGCGGGAGAGUUGGGCAACUUGGCACAGGGCGAACAUCCAGGCAAGGCGUUUGAUGAGUUUGAGAACAAGUUGAGGGAAUAUGUUGAGGAGACGCAGAAUAUCCCGUGGUUCUUUCCUGCUUUCAUGCACCCUGAUCCGGCGUGGAAGAGGUGGGUGCUGCAGUCGUUUUUGGCGGGAAUGUCGAGGCUUGUUACGUUCCCUUGGUUUGCGAAGAAGUUUUCGGAUGAUACCAGUGUUGAGGAUUCAGACUUCAAGCUGCCGGAGUACUCUAAGUUCGAGGUCGGGGAAGUUGCGAAAUGA